AUGGAUGUUAUUGAUUUGAAACAAACAGAAAUUUUUUCAGUAGAACUGACAGAAUUACAUCAGUUAGUAUUAAAUGCAGCACAACGAGGAGUUGCUAUUCAAAAUAAUCCAAAAGAAUCUGAUACAUUUUCACUUCAUGAAGAUGAGAAUUAUGCGAGUGCGUUAAGACGUGUGAUUGUAUUUAUUCGAUCGAAAUCUACAAAUAUGUUAGGAGAAGUCGUAAAAAUAUCAUCAAGUAAUCAAGAAGAAUUAACGUAUGAAACAAUUGUAGCAAAUAUUUUCAUUUCAGAUGUUAUGAUAUCAUUUUAUUUGUAUUGUGGAUGGAUGGAUCAAUUAACGGAGAAAUUAGCAGAUAAAAUGGUAGGAAGAUUAAAAAUUAUUGGAGAUAAUAUUAAAGCAAUAAAAAAAUGA